AUGGCCGCUGCUUCAAACUCAAGUCUUGCAACUAUGGUGCAUGUCAAUGUGCAAUCGGAGGCCGAAUACGGCUGUGACAGCGAAGGGCGUGGUGCGGAUUUCGUCAUUGCAUUUAUGAAACAAGCUGCUAUGAGAAUACCCAAGAUUGGGGAGCCCCAAUCGCGGAAACACGAGGGUGCAAACGGGAUUAAAUCAUCAGCAACGGGAUCCCAGCGACUCUCUCUAAAGCCGAUGUACAUCUGUGUGAAUUGCUCUGAGAAGCACAGCAAUGGCGACCGACAGGUUCAUAGUGACAUGACGAAUCAUCUAUUCUAUAUCGAUAGCCGCACAGGUGCCCUCUUUUGCCAGGGAUGUCGUGAUUUCGUGUAUGAUCAUGAGCUAGAAAAAAUUGAGAGUCGGACAGCGGGGCUAUGGUCCCGGCAUUCAGAUCAGGACAGCCAGGAUGGAUCGCACGUCACAAGCUCAAUAGAGUCUACAGUACGGAAUGCGUAUACACAGGCUAAGCAGGCAGAUGUUAUAGCCCUGACACACGAAGUGGGCCUAUCGAAGCCUAGCAAGUAUAUUUUGGACAUUCUCGGGAAGAUGAGCAGCAAAUCAAGCAAGAAGCGAAAGGCCAGCGAGAUUUCGAUUGAGGAAAGUAACGAAGAUUAUAAACCGAUCAACGGUUUGGCGGACACCCGCAUCGGGAUCGAAGUGCCCGAGGCUGAUGAGACAUAUGUCAAGGCGAAUGCCACCAAACGGACAUGCCAAAGCGAAGGCGUCAGGGGCCUGUUUAACCUGGGACAAACCUGCUACAUGAAUGUGGUGCUACAGACCCUGUUGCAUGAGCCAUUGCUAAAUGCUUAUUUCUUGGGGAACGGGCAUAAGUACUACGACUGCCAGGUUGAUGGCUGCGUAUUGUGCGCGAUGAGCAGGGCAUUUGCCGAGUUUAAUGGAUGUGAUAAGAAGGAUGGGUUUACAGCGGAGCAACUUUUAUAUUCGACGUGGAAGAACCACCCUCCUCUCGCGGGUAAUCACCAACAAGAUGCGCACGAAUUCUAUCAGUUUCUUGCGGGUGGCCUACACACGGCAUCGUCGGAUGAAAAUGAUCAAUUGAAGUGCAAUUGUUUUUUCUGCAAGGCCUUAUUCGGCAAGUUUCAAAGCACAUUGACUUGCCCGAUUUGCAAUCACACCAGUCCGACUGAGCAGCCACUACUGGAGCUCAGUCUGGACGUGCAGCUACAUUCGAAGAAACGGCAGAUGAACGGCAAAGUACACGGGUCAACGUUGGUGACGCCAACGUUGGCAGGAUGUCUGCAAUCGUGGGUGAUGCCCGAGGAACUCAUUAUGGAGGGAUAUCAAUGCCAGGGCUGUCUCAGCUAUCCGGACAAGCUCACUAAACAGCUGAGGAUAAAGCAGUUGCCAGCCAUGUUGUGCAUGCAAAUGAAGCGCUUCGAACAAACCGACUCCGAAACGCGAAAGAUGCAAGGCAAAAUCGAUUUCCCGCUCGAAAUCAACAUGCAGCCGUACACGGUAGCAUCGAAAUCGCGAAAAGCACGGGGCGACACGUUCAUCUACGAUCUUGCAUCGGCGGUGGUGCAUGACGGCGCGGGCUUGAACGAGGGCCAUUACAUUGCGUAUAUACGACAGGGGGAUCGGUGGUGUCUGUUCAACGACGACAAGGUCACGCUGGUGUCUGAGGGAGAUGUGCUGAAUGCGGAUGCGUAUUUGCUGUUUUAUACGUUGCGAUCGCUGGGUGGGAAGUGA